UUUAAACUUCCAGAUGUAUUUCUGGUCGCGCGCGUAUGAAUGUUGUUGAUGUGUUCUAAGGAUACCUAGCAGUAGCUAGAUUGGUUUAACAUGUCCUCCGACGACAAAGUUAAGGUUGUUGGAGGGAUUCAAGGGCAUCUUCUGAAACUUCAUGCAGCUCUCUCAGAUGGCGACACAAGAGAUGCAGCGCUAAGAUGUCAUGACAUUAUCGGGGACUUGGGGCAAGAAUGCAUGCUAACGAACAGCGAGAACGAGCUGGCUUUACAUGCAUCCCUGUUGUUCUCAAAUGAAGAUGGGUUGCUCAACUUUCUUCGAAAAUCACUGGCAUGGGAAGAGCUCCGGGAUACAAGAGUUGAGACCAUCAAUCUACUGGACCAGUUCUUGCAGAGGAUAUCUACAAUCAUCAAGGGUUGGGAGAAGACUUAUGCCAUUGAGAUCAAGGACAUAUGCUUGGUUGUGUACACAAAGGACAAAGCUGCAAAAUGCAAGACACCAACAUUAGAUCUCCUGAUCAAGGUUCUCUAUUUAACUAAGGACUCCAGCAUUGCUCAGGAUUUAAAAGUUGGUAAAAUAUUCGACAAAUUCUAUUUCGAGCUCUCCUACAAGAACAAAAUGGCAGAUACAGUUCUCAGUAAAAUCUAUGAGCUCUUAGGAGUUUUGGGUGAGGUCCAUCCCAGCGAAAUGGUCAACCACUCAGAUAAACUCUACAGAGCCUAUUUAGGAGAGCUGAAACUUCAGAUGACUUCAUCGACAAAGGAGCCAAAGCUUACUGUUGUGGCUGGAUGUUUGAGAGGGAUCACGGCACUAAUGGUUAAUUUCACCAAGUCAGUGGAAGACGACCCAGGAACCUCAAAGGAAAUAUUUGAGUAUGCCUUGAAGACAAUUAGUCCUCAGGUGGAGAUGUGCCGUUAUGCUGUCACCUUUGCUGGACUGCGAUUGUUAGCAAAGCAUGCAGCUCAAUUCAGCCACUUGCUGAUGGACCACUACAGAGCCUUGUUUGAUGUCAUGUCCAAGCUGUGUGGACACAUCAACCAGGAGAUGAAGAAGACCAGUUACUAUGCCUUGGAGUCCUUCCUCAAACAGGUUGCUCUCCAGGUGGCAGAGAAUGUUGAGGAGCACAAAGGCAAGCUCAAGUUCUUCAUGCAGAAGUUCUGUGCCAUAAUCAAGACCAUGGACUCUACUCACAAGGAGCUCUCCAUUGCUAUCCGUGGCUAUGGGUUCUUUGCAGCGCCAUGUAAAGUGGUUUGCCCUCAAGACGUGGACCUGAUGUACACAGAGCUGAUUCAACGCUGCAAACAGAUGUACCUCACUGAGUCCGACGGAGAGGAGGACAAAGUUUACCAGCUCCCCAGCUUCUUGGACUCCAUUGCCAGUGUCAUCAUCCACCUAGACAAGAUCCCUGAGGUCUACACACCUGUGCUAGAGCGCCUCCUGGUGGUACAGAUCGACAGCUUCCCUCAGUACAGCGUGAGAAUGCAGCCCACCUGCACUCGUGCCAUCGUCAAGGUGCUUGUCGCCAUGGCAUCCAAGGGUCCAGUAUUCUGGAGCUUCAUCAGUUCUGUGGUGCACCAGGGCUUGAUUCGUGUUUGUUCGAAGCCAGUUGUCCUUCCUGAGGAGGGGGAGAACGCUCAGAGUGUCACCGGGACUGGUGGGGAGUCUGCAGAGGCUUCUCAAAUGCAGACUGGGAAAUGGAGGGUUCCCUCUUGUCGCGACUACCUGGAUCUAUUCAGGGGUCUCUUGGACUGUGAUCAUCUAAAGGACACUGGGUUUCUCGACAAGGGGUUUGAAACCCAGAACGCUACCCUGAGGUCUUUGAGCCGCCUGCUUUAUGAUGAACUGGUGAAAUCCAUCCUGAGGAUUGUGGAGAAGCUGGACCUCUCAGUUCAGAAUGUCCACACCGAGAAGGAGGAUCAGGAUGACCAGGUCAGCAGCAGUAUGGUUCUGCCGUCCUCUGAUCCAACAGCCCACCUCCUUCCCAACAAACCCAAGGACUUCACUGCCUUCAUCAACCUGGUUGAUUUCUGCAGUGAGUUGCUCCUGAAGAAGCGUCUGGACUAUUUUGGGCAGUGGGUGUACCCUUUGAGCCACGAGCUGAUCCUUCAGUCCAUAAGAGCCCCGCUUGUCAGUGGCUUCUACAAGCUACUCUCUGUCUCCAUGGAAGUAGCCAAGAGAAUCAAGUACUUCCAGGGCGUCGGACCCAAAAGCGCUCAAAGCAGCGCCUGCUUUGCACUCUUCUCAAAGUUUGGAAAAGAGGUGGCUGUGAGAAUGAAGCAGUAUAAAGAUGAGCUCCUGGCCUCCUGCUUGACCUUCGUUCUCUCCCUUCAUCAUGACAUAGUUGCUCUGGACAUCAAGGCAUACAUCUCCCCACUUCAGGUGGCUCUGAAGCUGGGCCUGAGCCAUGCCCCACUGGCCAAUGCAGCGCUGGACGCUCUGGAGUCGUGGUCGUCACGUAUUCCCCGGGACACCAUGCAGCCAUACUACAGGGAGAUCCUGCCCCACCUCGACGGAUACCUGAAAACAGCCGCUGCUGACGACAAGGAUGAGAGCCCCUGGGAGGUGACGUCUCUAUCCACGGGAAAAGAAAAAGGAUACAGCAAAGUGAUGGCUAAGCUCCUGAAGAGAUCCAAGAAGGUUGCCAUGGAGGAAGCUUCUCCCAUUGCCAUGGUGAGGAAGAGGGUGGUGCGGUUGCUGGGACACCUGGGAGGGCAGCUGAACAGGAAUCUGGUGACCGCGACCUCAGCCGAGGAGAUGAUGAAGAAGUUUGUGGCCUGGGACUCUGAGAAAAGACUGAGCUUCGCUGUGCCUUUCACUGACAUGAAGCCCGUCAUCUACCUCGACCCCUUUCUACCUCGCAUCACAGAGCUGGCGCUGUCAACAAGUGACAGGCAAACCAAAGUGGCAGCCUGUGAGUUGCUCCAUAGCUUGGUGGUAUACAUGGUGGGCAAGGGUUCUCAGAUGGUGGAAGGGAAGAAGGGCAGCCUUCCUAUGUACAACCUGCACAAACGCCUGUUUCCUGUGCUGCUCCGGCUCGCCUGCGACGUGGACCAGGUAACAAGGCAGCUCUUCGAACCACUGGUGAUGCAGCUCAUCCACUGGUUCACCAACAACAAGAAAUUUGAAAGUCAGGACACAGUUGCUGUUUUGGAGGCUAUUAUGGAUGGCGUGAUAGACCCUGUGGAUAGCACACUUCGAGACUUCUGUGGCUGCUGCAUUCACGAGUUCAUCAAGUGGUCCAUUAAACAGACCACCCCCAAGCAACAAGAGAAGAGCCCAGCCAACAUCAAGUCUCUGUUCAAGCGCAUCUACAGCCUGGCCCUGCAUCCUAAUGGUUUUAAGAGGCUGGGUGCUGCUCUGGCUUUCAACAGUAUCUACCGACUAUUCAGAGAAGAGAAUUCCCUGGUGGAGCAGUUUGUCUUUGAAGCACUGGUGGUAUUCGUUGAAAGCCUGGGACUGGCCCAUUCAGACGAGAGAUCCUUGGGAACCUUGCAACAGUGUGGAAGUGCUAUCGACCACCUUAAGAGGAUCAUCAAGUACAAGGCUUCCAACCUCAAUCAGCAGAACACCAAGAGGCGGAUUCCAAGGGGCUUUCCCCCUGAUGAAAAUGUGUGUUUGUCCGAUGUUGUUAUGUGGCUUCUGGAGCAGUGUGGGCGACCUCAAACAGAGUGCCGGCACAAGUGCAUGGAGCUUUUCUACGAGCUUGUGCCCCUGCUACCAGGAGAGAGGUCUCCGUCCCAAUGGCUGCAGGAGCUGUUGCAGCAGCGUGGUGUGGGCUUCCUCAUCUCCAGGCUGGAGGGUGGAGGGCUGCUCUCCCAGCCCACCCUCAGGCACCUGGCCGGCCCCUUCACCGUCAGGGCCGCGCUGCAGUGGAUGGACCUGUUGCUGGCUGCCCUCGACUGCUACAACACAUUCAUCGGCCUACACAUCAUCAAGCCCCAGCAGAUACUAGGCUCUGAUGAGAAAUCCAGCUUUUUGAAUGCCUUGGGCUUCUUCCUUGCUGAACUGGCCACCAAGGAGCUGGAGGCAGCAGAGGGCUGUUUCAGAGCAGGCCAGAGAAUCUCCCUUUUCAGUCCCAGAGAGAGAGACCAGUACAACUACAGCAAGUGCACCAUCAUCGUACGACUCAUGGAGUUUGCCACGGUGGUACUGGUCAAAUGCCAACAGGACUUUUGGAAGCUACUGGAGAAGGAUCUGUUUGACUCUGCCUUUUUGGAGCUGGUGGCUCUGACUGUCUGUGAACCCUCGUUUAUUGGCUUCAACAUGGCUGACCUGGAAGUGAUGAAGCACCUGCCAGAGGUGUGUGUUCCCCUGCUGAAGGCCCUGCUGGUCUCACCCUACAGAGAGGAUCUGGAGGACAGCCUCAGGAAGAGGAUAUCCCAGCAAAGUGUGGGGGACUUGUGUAGCGUGGACCUUUACCAUCCAGACACUUGUACCAGCCAUGCCAAUAUGGAGAUGCUUCUCUCCGCCUGCAAACAGAUUCACAAAGCAGGCUUCCUCAGCUCCCUUCUGCACAGCCAGGAUCUCAGUUACUCACAGUCCCUGGGAUCCAAACUCCUCCUGGCGGUAUACAAAGGCAUCGCCCCCGGAGAGGAGAGGAAGGCCCUCCCUUCCAUGGACGUGAGCAGCAGGAGGCUAGCCGACGGACUGGUGCAGCUGGCCUUCUCCCUGGGUGGACAGAGUGAGCAGCUGGUAGAGCUGCUUUUGAACACCAUCAUGCUGUCUGUGCCUCUGGCGGGCAGCCGCAAGCAGAACUUCCUCAGCUUCUCUCAUGGAGAGUACUUCUACAGCCUCUUCCAGAUGACCCUCAAUGCAGAGCUGCUCAGCAACCUGGAUACCACCGUAACGCUGCUCAUGAAAGCCGCCACCCAAAACCCUAGCAUGGUUAGCGUGCUGCUGAACGGCAUGCUGGACCACAGUUUCCGGGAGCGCUCGAUGAGGAAGAGCCAGGGCAGUCGGCUGGUGGAGUGGAUACUGCAGAGGUGGGAGCUGCUGAGGCCGUGGUGGGGCAACAAUGCCUCCACGUCAGAAAGUAAAACCGCCACCCUCACAUUGCUCUCCAAGGUUCUACAGAUUGAUUCAUCUGUGUGCUCCAAUGCCGGCCACCAAGCAUUCCAACUGGUGUUCUCCACGUUCACUACUCUCAUCGUUGACAUGGCCCUGCCGUUGAAUCUCAAGAGCCAGGCACUGAUCAUGCUGCCAUUCUUCACCACCCUGCCGGAGGAGCCCCUGGCCCAGCUGCAGACGUCCCUGGAGGCACUGGUGGCAUCCCACUUCCCGAUGCAGUCAGACGAGUUCCCCCGUGGCUCCCUGCACCGCAACAACUACAUGGACUGUCUUCGAAAGUUUUUGGAUGCCCUAGAACUCUCUCAAAGUCCUCUUCUGCUGAAAUUAAUGGCCGGAGUUCUGUGCCGCGAUACAAAGCACAUUAUGGAGGACUUGUUCCAAACGUGUUUCCAGAGAAUUGCUAGACGGUCCAGUGGUGAGCGAAUGGUGCAGCUGUUAUGUGCCGUGUACAAGACCAUCCAGCAGGGUGACGUGCCUGUCCCCUCCAUGCUCCAAGCCAUGCUGGAGAGAGUGCUGCUACCAUUAGCCUCUUACUGCAGCCCAAAAGCCCUGGCUGAAUUCUUCAGCGCUAACGUCGGUGACAUCAUGGCGGCACUGCUCGCUCGCUUUACCAAGUCCAACGAAGCGGCUUAUGAGGCCCAGUUGAUUAAGAAGAAUGGCUGCUACAAACUGAUGGAGUUGCUCUACUCUCGCCUGCCUAAAGAGGAGGUUUACUCCAAAGACUCCCAGAUCAACCAGGCCUACUGUGGAACCACAGUCAAAACAGAGGGCAACGAACUGUCAAAGACUCUCAUCAAGUCAUGCUUUGAAGCCUUCACGGAGAACAUGACAGGAGAAACUCAGCUCUUGGAGAUCAGGAGGCAGUACCAUUGUGCUGGGUAUAACUGUGCCAUCGCAGUCAUCAGCUGUAGCUUCAACGAGACCAAGUUCUACCAAGGCUUCCUCUUCACAGAGAAACCUGAGAAGAAUCAAUUCAUAUUCGAGAAUCUCAUUGAUACCCAAAGGACGUACAGAUUCCCUAUUGAAAUUGAGGUUCCUAUGGAGAGGAAGAAGAAAUACGUCAUGAUUCGGAAAGAAGUGAGCGAGGAGAACGGAGAGGAGCCAGUAUACCUCUCCUCUCAGUCCUACAUGGCUGACAGCAGUCUGAGUGAGGAGAUGAGUCAGUUUGACUUCUCAACCGGAGUCCAGAGCUUCUCCUACAAUUCUCAGAAUCCUGCGGGGCAAAGUCGCACAGUCAGGAAGCGGAGAGCCGAGACCAUUUCGGCUCAGGAGGAGACUGUGGACCUGGAGAUGGAUGAACUGAACCAACACGAGUGCAUGGCGGCCAUGACGUCUCUGGUGGGCCACAUGCAGAGGAACAACAUCACUCCCAGAGUUGAACAGGGAGGUGUACCCAGUGAACUCCCACCCUGGAUGAAGUUCCUGCAAGGAAAGUUGGCAAAUCCAGCCACACCGCUAAAUAUCCGACUUUUCAUCGCAAAGCUGAUAAUCAACACAGAGGAGGUUUUCCGUCCAUACGCCAGGCUGUGGCUGGGGCCGCUCCUACAGCUGGUGGUCUCUGGGAACAACGGGGGUGAAGGGAUCCACUUCAUGGUGGUGGACAUAGUGGUCACAGUGCUCUCCUGGAUUGGCCUGGCCACCCCCAAGGGCAACACUAGAGAUGAAGUCCUGGCCAAUCGUCUGCUGGAGUUCCUGAUGAGGAACAGCUUCCACCCCAAGAGACCAGUCUUCAGACACAACCUGGAGAUCAUUCGCACUGUGGUGGAGUGCUGGAAGGACUGUCUGGAUGUGCCCUACAACCUGAUCUACGAGCGUUUCUGCGGCACAGACCCAAACAGUAAGGAUAACUCAGUAGGACUCCAGCUGCUGGGCAUCGUUCUGGCCAACAGCCUCCCUGCCUACGAUGCCACGAAGUGUGAUAUCGAGUACGACAGGUAUAUCCAGUCCCUGACCAACAACCUGGCCUUCACCAGAUAUAAGGAGGUCUACUCUGCAGCCGCUGAGAUCAUCGGUCUUAUCUUGAAGAACAUGACUGAAAAGGACAGUGAACCUGAUGUAUCACUGCUCAGUCUCACUGUAAAUAAAUUAAAAGAUCUGAAGAAAAAAGACCUGGAUGACAAAUUCAUUAUCUGCUUGAGCAAAGUUUCCAAACACUUUCCUCCCUUUAUGGACCGGUUUGUCAACGUAGUGUCCUACCUGCUGCCGAAGCUGCACGGCAUGUUGAAGACCCACUGUCUGGAGUGUGUUUUCAGCCGGGCCGAAGUCAUCCCAGACAUCUACCUGCUGCUGAAGACCAAGGGAUUCACCCAGAUCAUGGCCCACAGGGAUGAGGUGAGACAGAGAGUGUGUCUGGACAUCAUCCACAAGAUCCUGGCCAAGCUGAAGCCAGUGGAGCUCCAGGAGGUCCUGGGAGCCGUCACAGCAUUCAUCUCCCACCCCUCGCCGGCCUGCAGAGAGAGGAUGUAUGACAUCCUCAUGUGGAUUCAGGAUAACUACAGUGAUGUAGAGAGUCAGUCUGACAGUGUUUCGGUGGAAGUGUUCAACGAGGCAAAGGAAACCCUGCUUCAGGGACUUACUGAUGGAAACCAAGGGCUGCAGCUGUACGUGCGUAACUUCUGGAGCCACGAGAAGCGCCUGCCCAAAGCCACCCUGGAGCGCAUGCUGGUGUUGCUGCACUCUCUAUACUCCAGUCGCAUCGAGGAACACUUCCUCAGUCUGGCCACUAACCUGCUCCUGGAGAUGACCAGCCAGAGUCCAGACUACACACGCAACAUGUUUGAGUACCCGCUGUCCGAGUGCAAGUUCCAGGACUAUGUGAUUGAUUCGAACUGGCGUCUCAGGAGCACCGUCCUAACCCCGAUGUUUGUGGAAACUCAAGCCACACAGGGAGCCACGCAGGGCCUGGAGAGCUCCACGUCUCAACCAGGGACUGUGAGGAACCAGCUCCGAGCAACACAAGGCUCACUGGAGUUCAGCCAGACUCAAGCUCCAGGCCGGCACUCCGGCUAUAACUGGUUGACCGGCAGCAGCGUGGACACUCUGGCUGAGUACUCGCUGUCCUCUGAGUCCCUUUCCGCUCUACUCGUGUUCGACAAGAAGAAGCCGGCUGCUUGGAGGCCCACCGGGGACGGCUUUGGCACCAGGCGCCUCGCCUCGCCUUCUGACGAGGGUGACAGCCGCAGCAAAGCUCAGAGUGAACAACGCGCCGACAUCCUGAGGCUGAGGAGACGCUUCCUCAAGGACCAAGAGAAAGUCAGCUUGGGCUUCGCCAAGAAGGAAAUACGCCACCAAAGACAGGAGAAGGACAAGAUGGCCGACCAGAGGCUAAGAAAGGAGGCCCAGGUCACUCUGUACCGCAGCUACAGAUCCGGAGACUUGCCUGAUAUCCAGAUCCAGCACAGUAGCCUCAUCGCUCCCCUGCAGGCUCUGGCACAGAGAGAUCCCACACUGGCCAAGCAGCUGUUCAGCUCUCUCUUUGCUGGUGUCCUGCAAGAAAUGGACGGCUUGGAGAAGUCUAAUGAGGAGAAGAAGAGGAUCAAGGAGGAGCUACUGAGGGAUAUGAACGGGUUCCUAAGCAAGAGUACCCUUUACUUUCCUCCUUUUGUUGCAUGUGUGCAGGACAUGAGCUACCAGCACAAGGAUCUGCUCCAGAUGCAGCCUGCAGCAGUGAGCUCCAGCUGCCUGGCCAGCCUCCAGCAGCCCACUGGCAUCCUGUUGCUGGAGGAGGGCUUGGUCCAGGGCUGCAGCCCCGAAGAGCCCCCUGCCAAACGGGCCCGCGGCGGACGCAAAGAGGUCCCUCCAGACACAGAGAAAUGGAUUCAUCUGGCAAAACUCUACAGAUCUCUAGGCGACUACGAUGUCGUUCGGGGGAUCUUUGGCGGCAAGAUUGGGACCAAGUCCAUCACAUGCACUGCUCUGCAAGCGGAAGCCAGCAGCAACUAUGCUGAGGCAGUGAGGCUCUACAACGAGGCGCUCAACACGGAGUGGAGUGACGGCGAGCCCACGGACACAGAGAAGGACUUCUGGGAAAUGGCGGCCCUGGAGGCAUACAGCCAUCUGACAGAGUGGAAGUCUCUGCAGUACUGCUCUAUCGUCAACAUCGACCAGGAACAGCCAGUCAACCUGGACAAGAUGUGGGCAGAACCCUUCUAUCAGGAAACAUACCUGCAGUAUAUGAUGCGCAGUAUGUUGAAGCAGCUGCAGCUGGGGGAGAGGGACCAGGCUCUGCUCAGCUUCGUGGACAGUGCCAUGAAGGUGGAAGAGCGCAAGGCCCUGCUGGAGAGCCACUACAGCCAGGAACUCAGUCUGCUCUACAUCCUGCAGGAGGACUACGACCGCGCCAAGUAUUACGCCAACAACUGCUUGCAGGUCUUCAUGCAGAACUACUCUAGUGUGGACUCUCUGCUGAACCGCAGCCGGUUGACCAUUCUGCAGUCGGUGCAGGCUUUGACAGAGAUCCAGGACUUCCUCCAGUUCAUCACUGGAGAGGUUUCCAUUAACUCCCUACAAAACCUCAUUAGACGAUGGAUUGACCGCUACCCUGACGCCAAAAUGGAUCCAAUGAAUGUAUGGGAUGAUAUCAUUACGUCUCGAUGUUUCUUCCUGGACAAGAUAUGCGAGAAGCUCAGCAACCAGGCCACUAGUGACACCAUGGAGGUGGACGGGGCAGACCUGGACCAAGCCCAGGACCUCGACACUAUUGUCAAGGACUGCAAGUUUAGCAUGAAGCUAUGCAUGGCUGACAGCGCUUGGAAACAGAGCAACUUCCCUGUAGCCACCAAGCUGCUGAAGGAGCUCCACCGAGAGGCCAAGACUCAGAGAGGCUGGCUGCUGCGUUGGGUCCACAGCUUCAGUCGCUUCAGCCACAAACGCAGCCUGGGUCAGGGGCCCGUGGAGCAGAUCGCCACCAUGCUGAAGGCUAUCCCACUGCUGGAUGACCUUCAGGCCGAGUGCCAGAGUGCCAGAGGCCAUGUUUUCAGAGACCAGAGGAUCCUGUUGGGAACGUCCUACCACAUCAUGGCCUCGGCUGUGAGCAGGAGCCCCUCAGUUCUGGAGAGCAUUGGGAGAGAGAAGGCAGACAGGGUUCUGCAGCUAGCUGGGUCUUCCUCAACAGCUAGUCAGCAGAAGGCGGUGGUAGGGCUGCAGAUGCGAGCUCUGGAGUUGUUCAGUGGUGCCGUAAGGAGGGCGGAUGAGGAAGUCCAGUCCUACACUCAGGAGUGUUUAAACACCAGCGGCAUCGUCGAGGCCUACAUGGCUCUGGCCAACUUCUGUGACCAAAGAUUGCGCGAAGAGGAGCAAAGCAGUAACAUUAGUGAUUUCCCUGAGCUGGCCACCCUGCCUGCUCACGUGGUAGAGAGCAUGCUCAAAGCCCUGAAGCUGAACUCAGAAGAGGCCCGGCUCAGGUUCCCCCGUCUCCUGCAGAUCAUCGAGCUCUACCCUGCUGAGACUCUGGACCUCAUGGCCAAAGAGAUGGUGACGGUGCCCUGCUGGCUGUUGAUUGGCUGGAUCAGUCAGAUGAUGGCCUUGUUGGACAAGCCCGAGGCUGUGGCGGUGCAGCAUAUGAUUGGUCAGAUUGCAGAGUGCUACCCCCAGGCGCUGGUCUACCCCUACAUGAUCAGCAGUGAGAGCUACCACUUUGAGGACUCGGCCAGUGGACACAAACACCAGGAGUUUGUCGACAGGCUCAAGUCCCUAUUGGAUAAAGGCGGUGCUGUGCGGGACUUUGUUGAUGCCCUCCAGCAGCUAACAAACCCUGAAAUGCUUUUCAAGGAUUGGUGGGACGAUGUAAAAACUGAAUGUGAGAAAACGAGUUUCGAUAAGAAGAGGAUGAGGAACAUGUAUGAAGAAAUGUAUUCUUCCCUCUGCGAUCAGAAGUCACAAGGCCUUGGCGCAUUCCGCCAGAGGUUUAUACAGAAAUUUGCCAAGGAAGUGGAGAAGUGGUUGGGCCGUGGUGGUGCCAAGCUUUUUGAGAAGCGGAGAGACAAGGCCUUCCUGAGGCAGGUGGACACAGACCUGAUCAGCUCCAUGCGCAAGUCCCAGAAAGAGCCAGGGAACCUGAAGGAAUACUCCCCCUGGCUGAGCGGCUUCAAAGCCGACUCACUCCGGAACGAGCUGGAAGUCCCAGGGCAAUAUAACAGCAGAUCCAAACCUUUGCCAGAGUAUCAUGCAAAAAUUACAGGAUUUGAUGAAAGGGUAAAGGUGAUGAACUCCAUCCGGCGGCCCAAGUGUCUGAUCUUGCGCGGGGACGACGAGCGGGAGUACCCAUUUUUGGUGAAGGGCGGAGAGGACCUCCGUCAGGACCAGCGCAUCGAACAGCUCUUCGCCGUCAUGAACAUCCUCCUGGCCCAGAAUACCACCUGCGCCCACAGCAGCAUGCAGCUCCGAACCUACCAGGUGGUGCCCAUAACCACCAGAAUUGGACUGAUUGAGUGGAUGGAGAAUACAUGUACGCUAAAAGACCUGCUACUCCGCACCAGGACUGAGGAGGAGCAGCAGACUCUAACUAGACCGAAUGAAGUCUAUGAAAACUGGCUCACCAAAGUCACCAAGUCAGAUGCUCGUCAAAUACAAGGUAUCGGACGCUAUGCUGAGUCUUACAAGAUGGCAAAUCGCAAUGAAACAGUUAAUAAUUUCAUGAAGAUGGAACAGCUUGUACCGGCCGAUCUGCUGAGGAGAGCGUUUGUCAGGAUGAGCACCACCCCCGAAGCCUUCCUCUCUCUGCGCUCCCACUUCACCAGCUCCCAUGCUUUGCUCUGUAUCAGCCAAUGGCUCCUGGGCAUCGGCGACCGUCACCUCUCCAACUUCAUGAUCAACAUGGAGACCGGUGGUAUGAUCGGAAUCGACUUUGGCCACGCCUUUGGUUCUGCCACACAGUUCCUCCCCGUGCCAGAGCUGAUGCCAUUCCGCUUGACGAGGCAGUUUGUGAAUCUGAUGCAACCUAUGAAACAGUCGGGCCUGAUCCAGAGUGUGAUGGUGCAUUCGUUGAGAGCCUACAGGGCCAACCCUGAGCUGCUGCUCAACACCAUGGAUGUGUUUGUCAAGGAGCCAUCUCUGGACUGGAAGAACUUUGAGCUGAAACAGCUGAAGAAGGGAGGCACUUGGACUGAGAGCGUCAACAUAAAAGAAAUUAACUGGUACCCUCUACAGAAAGUCAACUUUGCCAGAAGAAAACUAGAAGGAGCAAACCCUGCCACCAUAACCAGUGAGGAGCUGAAGCUGGGCUUUGAGAAGGACUCUGCCUUCAAGGCCAUGCAGUCUGUGGCAUUGGGAAAUGAGGAGCAUAAUGUGCGUGCCCGGCUGGGGCCCGACGGCCUGUCGGUAGAGAGCCAGGUGGACUGUCUUUUGGAUCAGGCCAUGGACCCCAACAUUCUAGGGAGGGUCUGGGUGGGCUGGGAGCCCUGGAUCUGAAAUGCACACAUCUCUCCCAAUGAGGCCCCUCCGAGACACAACUUAACUAUGUUUGAAUACUUUAAAAACACAUCCUUCCCUGAAGUAAUCACUGAUUCAACAAAAAUGUUAUGCAUGUCAGCAAUCAAGUUUAAUAUCACUUUCUAAAUACAUAAAUACAGCCGUUGCGUCAUACAAAGCAAAAUGCACAAAACCCGGCUGUACUGCUGUAUUUUGAAAGUUGUAUAUAUUAAACUUAAUUGCUGACAUACAUUUUGGGACUACAUCAACAAUGGACUAAUGAAAAAAAUACCAAAUUAUAACUUUAGGGUGGAAUUUUCCUUUAAGGAUCAGAGAUUUCUUCAAGGGAACGAGGAAGCAUGUGUUCCUAUAGUAUUCAAACAGGACCAAUGGACUGUUGCCCACGAUAUAGUGCUGAUGUUGUUCCUUAUAGAUUAUGAAGUCCUUUCUUCAGUCUUUUUAUGAUUGUUUAAAAAAAUGCUUAAAUGAAUUCUAACACACUCAAAUUAGACGCUUCAUUGUUUAACUGUUUGUUUGGAAGGCACUGCAUGGUGAAUCAUUGAAUAAAACAGCAGUCCUUCGCUGUG